UUCGCAAAAAUGUCUCGCAAACGAAUAAAAGUUUUACAGUACAUGUAUAUCAAAACAUACAUUCUUAAUGUACAAUCUGUUUUCAUUUAUAGCGGCAUUGAUUAGGCAAGCAUUAUCUAUCUGGCAGCAAGAGACUUGUAUAACAUUUACGGAGGCAAAAACAGUAACUGCACCAGCAAUCAACUUUAAGGAAAACGAAGAAGGUUGCUGGGCUUAUCUUGGGCGAAGAGACUCUGGUAUUAAUGAAAUUAACCUCGGAGCAGGUUGUAAAUCUUUACGAACCGUUCUUCAUGAAAUUGGACAUGCUUUGGGCAUGUGGCAUGAGCAAAACAGACCAGACAGAGACGAUUACGUCACCAUACAAACCAAAAACAUCGAAUGGGGCAGAGAACAUGCAUUCUUGAUAAGAUCUAAUAGUCUAACCUAUAGAACCCCAUACGACUUUGGAUCCAUUAUGCACUAUUAUGAUACGGCAUUUGCAAAAUCACCCAGAUUAAAAACAAUCAUUGCCAAGCAAGACAACUAUGAAAGGACAAUGGGCCAAGAACUCGCAUUAUCAUUUUAUGACAUCAAAGCUAUGAAUUACCAUUACUGUCAGAGUAAGAAGGGUUAA